CGAGAAUGAUCUUGUUGUUUUAAUCUUCUCAUGCUGAUAGGGUGCAUUAUUUUUCUGUGUCAACAGAGGGAAAUGGUUUUGCACUCCCGAAAGCCGAUCAACAUCAAUGUUGCUGCAUACUUGACUACUUUCUCAGGUUGAUCCUAACAGGUUCGAAUCAGAGUGCAUCAAGCGCCUAAACUAGCCCUGUCACUUCUAAUUCUAUACGCCAAUUGUUGUUCUUGUUUUUUCGUGGCGGGGCUGUACUCCUCAUUUUUCUGCUCUGCACUAGCACGAUCACGUACUCCGUUACGGUGCCCCAGCGACUUGUAAGUACACGACUGUAGUUCUAGUUAGCUCGAAUGUUUAUUUGUCGCAGUUGUCAAUUUUGCAGAAGCGGGGCCCAUUCCCUAGGAAGCAUAGAUAUAGACACUACAGCCUCAGCGUCAGCACAUCGACCUCGUCAAUUAGUGCUCCAGGAUGAGUUGCCUUCUUGCGCUUACAGCACCUUGCAGGUGAGAGUAUGCGCUCCUGCUGAAGCCUAGCGACGGUACUCAUUACCGCUUGCCAACAUAAGCCAUGGCGGCCUCGGGGACCAGCAUUGCGUUGCCGUGCAAGGCGAGCGGCGCAUCAUGCUGCUCAUUUGAGUUUCUGGCACAUUCGCAGAAAGACAGCAGGGAACCUUCUACGCCACCAGGGUCGCCCGAGAUUCCGGAAACACGCCGCCGCUUACGAGGAAGGAUACGGAGCAUGCAAGAAUCACGGAGGACAAUGCAACGCGGAAGAAAAUCGAAGAGGUCAAGAACAGCCUGCGCACUGUUUCUCGCUUAUUUGCACUUUUGCCGUUUGACAAAAUUGGCGAGGGCCGACCUUCCGGUGCAUUGUGACUUCGGUGAGAUUCCCGGCGUCUGGAAGUUUACCUUCGGGCGCCUCCAACCUGAGGCGGGAUUCGAUGGCACGAACUUCGACCGGCGCUGCGGACUUACGAUUCCGGGCAAGGGAGACGGGUGGCAGCAGCUCACACCGCCCGCGAAAGCGACGGCGAAAGAGAAAGGAAAAUACUUCCUGACCGACCGAUUUCAGCCCGUCGCCGAGCUGACCAUGCUGCUGAAAGAGGGCAACAGCUAUGAGGAUCCAGAGGUGGAAAUUCUGGAGCGCCGGGACUUCGAGAGAAGAACGGACCACGACAGGCAAAAAUCUUCGAAAAUUAUAGCCGAGCAAAAUCAGAGCAGCGACAUGCUCCAGGGACUACACCUUCCGGAGGACCUUUCUCCCGGCGUGCGCGGGUCGUACACCAUGGUGUACGACAUGGGGCCCCUGUUGAAGUUUGCGUUCGACGAGGAGGACGAAAAAUCCUCCUCGACGACCAUCACGCGGCACGACAUGUGGGCGCCGAACAAGUUUACGGUCCCGAUCGGAAAAAAAGUCGACGAGGAAGACUUCCACGUGAUGCACGAGUACGCAGACUGCCACCGGACGGUGGUCGGCAGCUACAAGCGGAAACGCGAGGACCCGGCGAGUGACAAACACAACUUGAUCGAGAACGAGCUCUGCUACUACGGCGUGCUGCAGUACACCUGGGCGGAGUUGAGCAGUCCCAAAUGCAGCGCAAUCGAGAACGACGACCUGUUCCGCAGCGGUCGGGACCAGGCGCUGCAGCGCGCGGACCAGCGCAAGCGGUUUUGCUUCGGCGAGCACGAAAUCCACCAGGGGAAAGGCGGGAAAGCGACCAUCGGGGACGGAGGAUUUGGCGUGGCCGUCGGGGAGUUGGUGACAACGUCAACGUCAGCACAAGCAACCUCCUCUUCCUCCCGUGCAAGUGCCGGAAACAACUUGCGAGAUGCGCUGGACCACGCACAUUUAGAGCGCAUCGCGGAGGACCGUAUGAGCUCCGGCGCCGCGGCGGCGUCGGCCGGUGCGGAGACCGGCUCGUUUUGGACCGUCGGACGCGUGCUGCAGGUCAUGCUCGGCACUGCCGUCGCCGCGGUCUGCGUCAUCCUUGUGGUUCUCGCCUUGGUCUUUCUGCAGAGCGAGGAAGGGCUUUUCGGUCGUCUCGCUAAGUGGCUGGUCUCCUGCGCCUGCCCGGGCCGGAAGGCCAAGAUAAAACCGUUGUCGCCCGCGGUGCGUGACCGCUCGGCCAGCGUGGGAUCCACGUCGUCUACGUCCGAAGAGGAGCGGUUCUCGAGCAGCAUGGCCCGCGCCCGUCGGUUUGCGCGCGAACUCGAUGCGGUCGCGGAGGACGAGGACGACUUCGCCCGCGGUCGGGAACAGGAUCUUCACGACGAUGAGCAUAGCGCUGCGGAAGGAGCAGUUGUGAACAAGCACACUGUCACGGUCACGAAAGGACAGAGACCCAUGUGGCAACGGGUUUUGGCGAAAGCAGUGCUCACGAUUUGUUUGUUGGUACUCCUCUAUCUGCUGUACAACCUCGUCUGGCUCUGCGCCACCGGCGGCGCGUUGAAUUCGUUGCUCAGCACUAGCGCGGGGGCAGGCAAUAAAGCAGCGAGAGGACGACAAAGAAUCAAGCGGGGACCGACGUCGACCCAUCUGUCUUCCGCUUCGGAAGCAACCCUGUAUGAGUCCAGCCGAAUGAAAAAUAAGCAGCAACAAGACCGCGCAACUGCAUCCUCGCGGUCGAUUACUCGGACCACGAUUGACGGGCGGGCGGAAAACCUGAAGCGCAAGUAUCUAUCGGGGUACCAUGACGUCAACGACAAACAGGAGAAGCGGCGGAUGCAGCGCAAGAUUGAGCUGGCCGAGUACGCCGAGCGGAACGGCAUGCACAUGUACGAUCUGAGUGUGGCCGACAUGCUCCAGGAGUACCCGGAACCCGUAGACUGCUCCAUGCCCGCGACCGCAAGUCCCGACGACUUCUACCUGUACGUGUUGGACGCCGACGAAGCCGCCCGCGUCGGCGCUAUCGCCGGGAAGACGCCCCAAGACGAAGCGGAGCUACGCAGGGAUCUCCAAAACUACAAGCGCGAAGUAGGAGGACAAGCGCCGCGGAGGUCCCAUCGAAGGGGGGUACAGCCACACGAGGAGGAAAAGAGGUGGAGCAAACUUCCCCUACAGAAGGACAUGUGGAGGACGCUGAAGUUUUUCGACUGGAGGUUCGUUGGAAAAAAACUCCGAGAGAGUGGUGAGGAGGUCCGCGGCUUCGUGCCCGAUGUAAUCGACCAGGGCAACUGCGGCAGCUGCUUCGCCGCGGGCCUGACCGGCAUGGCCACGAGCCGCUUCUGGAUCAAGCACCCCGAGACGAAAAGGGACUUCGUGAUCGAGACGGAGAUGGAGAAAAAGAUCGUCCAGGACAUCGAGGAGCGCAUGAAGGUGGGCCAGGAGUCCGCACGCGGGCCGAAGCACCCCAAAUUGAUGCACGAUGCGCUUGCAAUGACGACCGGGAGCAACGGCGCAGAUAAUUUUGAUGGCGGGUCGGCGGGUGACGAGCUGCACGGUGCGAGCACUAGCACGACAAAAAAGCAGUACCAGCGAUUUUCGAUGGCCCAGCAGAUUGAGGCGGUAGACUACAACCAAGGUUGCGGGGGUGGCGACCCGAUGCUGGAGGGGUUGUGGCUGACCGAGUUCCCAGGCGUCACGGACCUGUGCUGGUCCAUUCUGCGCGAGAUCGGGGACGACAAGCUGCGGCUCGAGAAGCAGCAGACGCACCCCUUCUGCAAACACCAGUUCCAGGUGACCGAGUUUCAGUACACCGCCGGCGCAAUCGGCGCCUGCGGCCUCAGCCACAUCUGCGAGGAAUUGAUGAUGCGGGAGCUGUUCCAGAACGGACCGAUCUCUCUCGCCGUCGACAUGCAUUUUGUGGACGACACGAAGGAGGUGCGAAUAUUACAGGACCGCGAAACGUUGUCCCUCGCGCGGGAACGCCCGGACGAGGUCGACGAUCCGAAGCACUUCUCGUGGCAGCGCGUGGAGCACGCCGUGUUGCUCGUGGGCUGGGGCGAGAAGGGGGAGACCAAGUGCCGGGCCCGCUUGCACGUUCCCGCGGAAACGGAGCAGCGGUGCCUGGAUCUGGGCAAAAACGAGGAAAAGUGCAACGAGCUGAACUUCUGUCGCUUCUCGGGCGAAACCUACUGGAUUCUGCAGAACUCCUGGGGAACCAAAUGGGCCGACGAGGGCCACGUGGAGAUCGGGCCACGCUCGCGGGACGCCGCGUUCGCGGAGUUCGCCUCCUUCAUCGUCUACGUGCGGCGCGUCUCGCAGGUGGUCGAGUACGUCGAGUCCGCUGCCAUAUCGGCCGGCGAGUGGAUGAGCAGCACCCUGCAGACUGCAGCGGAAACGCUGUCGACCGCCGCAUCUGGUGUGCUCCGCGGAGAGGAAGAGAACGCUAUCAAUCCGCAUUCGUCCUCGCGCGAUCACAUGAUUGUGACUUAGACGAAAGAACGAUAACGAAAGCAUAUGCCUUCUGCUCGACGUGGCAAAUAAAGUCGGUCCUUCCCUUUAUUGACUCACACAGGGCGUACCCCGUAGCCUGUGCCCAGCGUGUCUACCCUCUUGAUUCUGACGACCAAUCUGCGCACUGGUGUGCGUGAACUUCAUCACUAGCAACAGCGAUCGAAAUACAACUCGCUCUAAUGAAGAAGACAAGUAUAUCAAUGGAGGCUUUAUUAACAAGAGGUGC